UUGGUUGCCAGAGAUCGGUGCAGAAGUUAUGAAGCUGUCGUUUUUCUUGGUUCAAUUCGUUACGAGGUCCUCAAGCAAGUGUACGACGCGCGGACAUCUGUGUCUUGGCAGUGGGCACAAAAGUUAGUCAGUCCGAGUCAGCGUCGUCGAGAAUUUGUUCGAAUGAGAGGACCGCGCGGAAAAGGCUAUGCUGAAAUGGCGGUUAUGCGCGUUCCAAAUUGUGGUUAUGAAACUCCAGUAUCGGAACACUCAGUUGGUUUUGAAGGAUUGGGCCAUUGCGGAAUACGACGCAUGUCAGACACAAAUUUAAGUCGUUACCCUCAACGACUAAUGGUGUCUUCCACAUUAUCGGAUUCGCAUUCAAAUCGAGGACGACGUUGGCAAAGCGAAACUGAUACUUUGAAUCAGUAUCCGGAAGUUGAAGCGAGUAGCAUUGACGAUGGUAGGAUUUUGAAU